CAACCACCUUCGCCUCACAGCAUGGCCUCAUCAUUGCAGUCAUGCUCAGAGACCUGCCACCCUUCGACCGGCACUCCCUUGAGGCGGUUAUGAACACCCUGCCAGACGAUCAGCCCGCGACUCCAUCCAAUCUGAACGAUGACAUCUUCGGCUCAGCACCUGCGUCGCCCAAUUUGACCGCUCAGGAUGGACUUGGCCAAGAUACCGCUCUUACGUCCACCUCAGAACACUCGGACAUACCUCGUCUACGAAGAAUACACGUGACGAACGGCUAUCGCGAAGGUUUAGCAGCGAGUAAAGAGUCGCAUGUACAAGCUGGUUUCGACGAGGGCUUCAGUCUUGGCGGUGAGAUUGGAACGGUGGUAGGCUGGUGCUUCGGGGUGCUGGAAGGUGUCCUCGCGGCUCUUGUACGGUCUGCUCGAGAGAGCGGUGGAAGUGCCGGGAGAGCCGGACGAGCCGCAGUCGAAGAUGCGGAGAAGAUGCUGGAGCAGGCAAAGAAGGACAUGAAGUUGGAGGAAGUGCUUGGCUCAAAGUGGAUUGGAGAGGAUGGGAUAUGGUUGUUUGAUGUGCCUGGUCAAGAUGAGGAAGAGGAGUUGAGUGUCACGUUCAAGGACGUUGCGGCGGCGCAUCCUGUGUUGAAGAUGUGGAAGGCCAAGGUCUUGAGACUGGCGCACAGGCAUAGUGUUGAGCUCCCAAGCGAAGACCUGCUCCCGGAAGGCUGAAAUUGUUCGUAUUGUCAAUCUUGCAGAAGCAGAGCUUCUCAAACAGCGACGAAAGGACAUCGAGUCCAGGCGCUUAAGGGUAGGGUACGUCUCAGAUCACAGAGC